ACCCCCCCACCCCCCGCACGCUUUCCCCUCGCCCACUUCUGCCCCCUUAAAACCCUUCGCCUCCGCUCUUCCACCCCUCCAUCCCUCUUCCCCAUUCUCAACGUCUCACAACGGUAACCACAAUGGCGGAAAAUUUCCACUUCCUUUUGCUCCUCUUUUUUCUUACACUACUCUCCGCCUUCCCUGUUCUUUCCCGGAAUGUUUCGCCGCGGAGCACCGGAUCGGUCCCCAACACCGCCACCCUCGACGUCUCCGCCUCCCUCGACCAAGCCCUCCGCGUCCUCUCCUUCGACCCCGACCAAGCCCUCGACCAAGAGGUGAAGUCCGUCCGCCACGCCAGCGGCGGCGCCACCACCUCUGGUGGCCUUACCCUUGAGCUACAUUCCCGAGACUUCCUCCCCACCAGCGCCCAUCCCCGCCCCAACGACUACAAAACCCUAACCCUCGACCGCCUCCGCCGCGACUCCGCCCGGGUGAAAUCCAUCGCCGCCCAGCUCGCCCUCGCCGCCCACAGCGUCAAACGCACAGAUCUGAAGCCUGUGGCGGAGGAGAAGGAGUUUGCAGCGUCGGCGGAGAGCAUCCGGGGACCGAUCGUCUCCGGGACCAGCCAGGGCAGCGGCGAGUACUUCUCUAGAGUGGGGAUUGGGAACCCUCCGAAGCCCUUGUACAUGGUGCUGGACACCGGGAGCGACGUCACCUGGGUCCAAUGCCAGCCCUGCGCAGAUUGCUACGAGCAAUCCGACCCCAUCUUCGACCCCUCCGCCUCCUCCUCCUACUCCCCCCUCCCCUGCGACUCGCCCCGUUGCCGCGCCCUCGACAUUUCCGCCUGCCGCAACUCCUCCGGCGGAGCCGAAGGCUCAUCAUGCCUCUACCAGGUCUCCUACGGCGAUGGGUCCUACACCGUCGGGGAUUUCGGGACGGAGACGGUGACCCUCGGUGACUCCGCCCCCGUCGCCGGCGUCGCCUUUGGGUGCGGCCACGACAACGAGGGUCUCUUCGUCGGCGCCGCGGGGCUCCUCGCACUCGGCGGCGGACCGCUCUCCUUCCCCUCCCAGAUUUCCGCCCGUUCCCUCUCCUACUGCCUCGUCGACCGCGACUCCCCGGCGAGCUCCACCCUCGAGCUCGGCGCAUCCGCCGCCUCAGGCGCGGAGGUGGCCGCGCCGCUCCUCCGCAACCGGAAGCUGGAUACCUUCUACUACGUGGGGCUCUCCGGGAUCAGCGUCGGCGGGAAGAUGCUGUCGAUCCCGCCGUCGUCGUUCGCGAUGGACGAGAGCGGGAGCGGCGGUGUGAUCGUGGACUCUGGGACGGCGGUAACGCGGCUCCAGGCCGAUGCGUACGGGGCGCUGCGGGACGCGUUCCGGCGGGGGACGGCGGGGCUGCCGGCGGCGGAGGGGGUAUCGCUGUUCGACACGUGCUACGACCUCUCGUCGCGAACCAGCGUGGAGGUGCCGACGGUGGGGUUCCACUUUCCGCAGGGACGGGAGCUCCGCCUGCCGGCCAAGAACUACCUCAUCCCGGUGGAUGGCGUUGGCACCUACUGCCUGGCCUUCGCGCCGACGACGGCACCGCUGUCCAUCAUCGGCAACGUCCAGCAGCAGGGGAUACGUGUCAGUUUCGAUCUCGACAACUCGGUGGUGGGGUUCACCCCCAAUAACUGCUAGGCCCACCCCAUCUUUUCUCACUACUCUCUCUGUGCUCUUUUUUUUUAAUAUAUUUUAUUUUUAUCUUUUUCAUUUUGACUGUUUUACUCUUUUACCGUUGCGAUGGGUGUGGUACACUGUAAGGACAGCGCCUUCAUUCGACGGUUUGCUGCAAUGAGACUUGGGGAAUCAGAUUAGAUCAGGGGAUGUGGCCGUUGUGGGUGGCAGCUGGGGAUUGUGGUGAUCUUAAUUAAGUGGCCAGUUGUGAGCUAGUUGCUGGAUUUAGCGUCCGAAAAUCAUCAUGUAUAGUAAUCCAUCCACAUUUUGUAAGAUUAAAUCUCAGCCGUUGGAGAAUGAUAUCGGCUGUCGCUCUGUUUGUGGACCUAGAAGGUAGGUUUUUGUGUCUACUUGUUUAAAAAACUAUUUUUAUCGUCGCA